GGGGGGUCCGGUAUAAUCCCUCGGAGAUACUAUCAAACUGCGCAAAAUAUGCUCCGCCCCGCCUUGGGGUGCUUGUUAUUUCAAGCGGGUCCACAUGGGCGAGCUAUUGUCAGUCUGGGCAUUCCAAAUGCCUAGAAAUGUUUGAUAAGUGUGUACGGGAAUCUCAGGCGGCGUUAGUCCACAACUACGAUAAAGAGCAUAGUGGUAUAUGUCACCCUUCACAUACGGCGUACGCCCGAUUCCGUGCUGCUGUGGGUCCAUUGCCCUGUAUGACAGUGACAAAUGUUAACCGGACGUUAUACCUUAUGGGUGGCACAAUAGAUGCCUACUAGUAGGUUCAAGAUUUCUUCAAAAUUAAACUUACGAAAA